AAAAGCAAAAUGCAAUAUAUAUAUAUAUAAUGUAUGUACGUAUGUUAGUUUGUUUUAAUCGACAAAAUAGUAAAUUUUUAGGCAAAUUGUUUAUUGUAUGAAACGCGGAAUAGAAGAUCAUAUUCACACAUUAUAUAAUAUUUAUUUAUAUAAUAAACGAAGAACGGUUCAAUGAUAGCUUGAUUUUGAUGAUGUCAAAACUCGAUAUGGAUUCAGUUUCGAACUAUACGGUACUUCUAAACAAUCCGCAUACUACAGGGCGCUCCUGCCCAGGAGGUAGUGCCUGUAGUGGAUCUAUAGGAGGUGUUAGCGUCAGUAAUACAAUGGGAUUAACUUGGUUUCGGUUCCAACGCAUUUAUAAAUUGAUUCUGCUUGUAUUACUACUGCUAGUACUUUGGCCUCUCUUCGCCCAUCGCAGUUUGUUAAAUCCUGGAACAGAUGUGCCAUCUACCGAUGUCCAUCGCAGUCGACCCCUGCUAGAUGCCUAUGAAGACUUUAGUUCGAUGCGUGCUAGUGACUUGAAAAUGCGAAUUGAAGAGAUGUUGCGUAUAAAAAACACCGUAUCGGUGGAACUCCGAGAACUGGAAUCUCGACGCCAGAAGUUACAAUCGGAUAUUGGAAGAUACAACCAAAAAAUUGAAGAUUUGAAGCAAGAUUUAUUGCGUGAACAGACCGAGUUGGAACGAUUAAAAAUCUCUGUAGAGCAAGCUCAAGUGGCUCAACGCGAAGCCGUUCAACGUAACACUCCUGAUUUAGCUUUACCACGUACUUUAUAUCCGAACGUGUUGCCACGAAAAAUGGCUGGAAUAAUUGCGCCUGCAGGAAUAAACUGUGAAAUGCACAAUUGUUUUGACCACUCGCGCUGCAGUCUUACGUCUGGUUUCCCCGUUUUUUUAUAUGACCCAGAUGCAUAUAAUGUGUUGCGAAGUGGAUAUGACAUAGACGGAUUUUUAAAGACAACUAUUAAGCAAACCCUUGGCUAUAAUGCACAUAUUGUACAUGAACCUAAGAUGGCAUGCAUUUUUCUAGUCUUAGUUGGUGAAGCGAUGCUGGAAAAUGAUUUGCUGAAAAACAACCGAUACGCAGCUGAAGAGGAAGAACACAAAACCACUUUCCAAUCGUCUAAAGACGACUUACCCAUCGAUAUGAAUAAACUUUACCAGUUACCGUAUUGGGGUGGUGAUGGUCGCAAUCACGUUUUACUAAACUUGGCACGACGUGAUUUGCAUUCAACACGCACAAACGCUUUGCUCCAUCAAAACACAAUGAGGGCCAUAGUUGUACAGUCAUCCUUUGAACUAUUACAAUUCCGUCCUAAUUAUGAUCUUAUUGUACCACCCAUUCUUGGGCCACCUGGUGGUGAUGUUUGGCAAGAUUGUGCACCAAUGGUUCCGGCUCGUCGCACUUAUUUGUUAUCUUUUCAAGGAGAGCUGCGUCCAUUAAACAAAACAGUUCAAUCACAUCCGUUAGAUGAUUUCAUUCUGGAUCAUCUUGAUGAGAUGUCUAAAGGCGCCACUCAAGACAAAUUCUUAUUGCAAUUCAAAUGUAUUCCAGCCACUGAGCAAUCGGUUGAAGAAGCAUUUAUGGAUUGGUCGCUUUGUGGUACUGACUCUUCGCGCAAAACAAUUCUCAAAGAGUCUACUUUUGUCCUAAUACUUCCGCCAUUAGAGAAGCGUAUCAGCUCUACACUGAUGUUAGCGCGACUUUACGAAGCUCUAAGAUCCGGCGCCAUACCUGUUAUACUUGGUGCCGACGAACUGCACAUACCAUAUGCUGAAACUAUAGAUUGGCGGAGGUUAGCACUUAUGUUGCCUAAAGCUCGAAUUACAGAAUUGCAUUUUCUUUUGCGAGCAGUGCAGGAUUCUGAUCUUUUGCAAAUGCGACGUCAAGGUCGGCUAGUUUGGGAGCGCUAUCUAAGUUCGGUGCAAGCAACGGUGGAUACGGUCAUUGCAAGCCUGCGUGACCGUCUUGGCAUACCACCACGACCAGUGCCACCUAUUAUCGCGCAAAGCGUAUUCAACAACACAUUUAUACCACUCAAAUCUGAUCCACCUGUAGGAUUAGAUACCGAGCCGGAAGAAUCCUUGGGUCCAAUUGAACCACCCUAUCCUAGUCCUACAUUCAGGCGAAAUUACACAAUUUUACGUACACAAUCGAAUGAAGCAUGGAAUGAUUGGGUUGAUCCCUUUUACAUGUAUCCCCAACUACCUUUCGACCCUGUGCUACCCGCAGAAGCUAAAUUUCUUGGAUCACAUAUGGGCUUUCGGCCUAUCGGCAAAGGCAGUGGUGGCGCAGGAAAGGAGUUCAGUGAAGCUUUAGGGGGCAACUAUCCACGUGAACAAUUUACUAUCGUGAUACUUACAUAUGAGCGUGAACAAGUUCUAAUGGAUUCUCUUGGUCGCCUUUAUGGCUUACCAUAUCUACACAAGGUUGUGGUAAUUUGGAACUCCCCAAAGCCCCCGCUGGAUGAUUUGCGUUGGCCCGAUAUUGGUGUGCCUGUAUCGGUGGUACGUGCACCACGCAACUCUUUAAAUAACCGUUUCCUUCCAUUCGAUGUUAUUGAAACAGAGGCGGUUCUCUCGGUGGACGACGAUGCUCAUUUACGUCAUGAUGAGAUAUUAUUCGGUUUCAGGGUUUGGCGUGAGCACCGUGACCGUGUUGUAGGAUUUCCAGGGCGCUUUCUUGCAUGGGAUUUGAACUCGAAUCGCAAUUGGAACUACAAUUCGAAUUACAGUUGUGAGCUAAGCAUGGUGCUGACAGGAGCAGCGUUCAUUCACAAAUAUUACAUGUAUUUGUAUACGUAUCACUUGCCACAAGCGAUACGAGACAAAGUAGAUGAGUACAUGAACUGUGAGGAUAUCGCCAUGAAUUUCUUGGUAUCCCACAUAACACGUAAACCGCCUGUAAAAGUAACAUCACGCUGGACUUUUCGAUGCCCAGGAUGUCCAGUGUCGCUCAGCGAAGAUGACACUCACUUCCAAGAGCGUCAUAAAUGUAUAAAUUUCUUUGUACAGGUUUUUGGCUAUACACCUCUAUUAAAUACACAAUAUCGAGCUGAUUCAAUACUUUUUAAAACGCGAAUACCGCAUGACAAACAAAAAUGUUUUAAGUAUAUCUAAAGGCUGAUUUCAAAGUACAAUAUGUACAUUUAGAUGGUAUUUUAUCUGCACAAAAUUUUAAUGAAUCAUAUAGCAACACUACAUAUCGCUCGUUUGCUAGAGGAAUGCUUUAACUCAAAAAAUCAAAUCCACAAAAACGGCUUCAAAAUUGUAUAUUUAGUAUGCCUUCCUAAGUAAAAGUAAAGAAACGUGUUCAUCUAAUGGUACACUGUUAUUAGAUAUCGCCGUGAAUUUUUUACAAAAGAGGACCUAAUGAUCCUUUCUGCAUACUUAUAUUAUAAAAUUUUUUUUUUUUGUUUUUGUUCUGACCCAGCAAAUAGGCGAUUUGUUCUUGUAAGUACGCAUUGACAAAACGAAUACUUGGUGAAAUAUUGUGUUUUUUCAUGCGGAGAUACGAACUCAUAAAUAUAAUUUUAUGUAUAGAGCUAACUGACUUAUCGGCACAGUAAACUAUUCCAGUCUGAUUAAAGACGAAUAAAUAUACCAGUAACAGCUAUUCAUCCACUCAUUAAUAAUUUGACUUCCCUUUCUAAACCUAAAUACAAAAAUGUUUAUAGUAUACAUAA